UAAACUUCAAUUUAGGUUAUUCGCUUCACCUAUAACCUUUUGUAGCAUUUACUUAUUACGCGAAAAUAUUUAUUCGGUUUUGCUGUGUAUUCGUACAUAUAUUCUGUUAAGAAUUUCGAGUUUAUCUAUACCAUUCCAUAAAAUAUUCUAAGUAUGGACAGUUUUCGGAAUUGAUAUAGUUUAUUCGUUCGAUUAAUUUUUUAUUCGUAUUUGUUACAAUUACAAUAAAAUGUCGACAAAUGGUAAUGGCGCCAUCGCCCAGGUUAUAGCGUUAGUAUGCGGUUUAAUAGUCAUCGUGUUGAUGAUUAUAACAUUGACAUCGAGCGAUUGGUUGAUAGCUGAAGGAUGGCGCCAAGGAUUAUUUUCCCAUUGUAUUGGAGAAAAUGCUCCCACACCUCUUCCAUUUAAUGUUCAAGAACGUAAUCCGGAAUGCUAUCCUGCCAGAGAUGAAGGAUACAUUCGUACCUCAGCUGCAUUAUGUAUUGUUACUUUAGUCACUGACACAGUGGCCACAUUCUUGACUGCCCUUGGUUUACGAAGCAAUGACUACAGGACAAAAUUCAAAUUUUAUCGGUUCGCUGUCUAUGUUAUGGCAUUAGCACUGACCUCGUUAUUGGUAGCUUUAAUCUUAUAUCCAGUCUCUUUCAGAGCAGAAUUAAAUUUAGGCAACAGAACAGUUUGGGAAUUCGGCUGCGCCUACGGCGUUGGUUGGGGAGCAGCUAUCUUCUUAUUCGGCGCAAUUACGUUAUUAUUAUGCGAUAAAGAAUCCGAAGAAAUUUAUUAUAAAGAAAGAAAGGUGAUGUCCACCUAGUGUGCAGCUCCCCUGCCCGAUGUAGUGCUUUAGGAUGUUGUCAUACGAAUACGAAAGCAAUAUCCUAAAUUUGGGCAGGCGAGUAUUCACUACAUUUUGGCAAAUUCAGAUAUCUUGUUUGUUUCCUUCAUUAUUUUUUAUUACCUAUGAUGUCAUGUGUAUGUAAAAUGUAUAUAUCCGUAAAGUACUCGUAGAUGAAAAAGCGCGUGUGUUUUUCAAUCCCCCGUACUAUUUACAAAUUCUAUUCCUUGUAUCAGAUCUUCGUGUAAAUACCGUUUUUUUUUUUGCUCGUUUAAUAUGUAGAUUAGUUCGUUAUUUUUUUUCUAAGUACCUACGAUUUCAUAUUUUGACACGAUGUCUUAUAAUGGAUCCGAUGAAAUUAUUGUUUUAUUUAUUUAUUUAUUUAUUUUUUUUGUGUGUUGAAACGACGAUUCGCCAUUAUGUGAUAAUUUACUUUGGCGUAUAAUAUUUUAGUGUAAAUUUUUUUUUUAAAAAAUCGAUGUUAAUCAUCCGUUUCUCUUGUUUCGUAUAAAAUACACCUUUUACUGUUUCACAAUUGGAAAUAUGAUUUUAAAAUGCAUAUUAUUUGUCAUCCUAACUAACCUUAUACUUUUGUACUUCUUUUAUUUUUUUUUAUCGCAAUACCUGAAUUGUAAUGGCUUAAGAUUUAGAUUAAAUAAUGUUUUAUAUAAUUCGUCACUCGAAUGAAAAUUGUUUUAAUGUUGUGUAUCUGUAAAUGAAUGUUUAAAAAUUAAGUAAGCUUUAAAAAAGUGUUAUUUUUUUACCUACCUAUUAAAAAGACGUUCCAAAAAUCUCCUAUUUUUUAGACGAAUACAUAAUAUUAUUUAUAUUAUUAUAUUUUUAUGUGUUUCUCGAAUUUAAAUUGAGUGACUGUGUCGAGUCGAUAUCGUGAAAAGCGAACAAUAAAAAAAUAAUAAUUUAACAUCUA